AUGGAACCUCGCGCCCGCGCUGGCCGGCAUAAAGUCAACCUCAACUUCGGUCCCGAGCUCUCGGCACUUUUGUACGCAUACGGUGCACCCACACACCCCGACAUUGCAAAACCCCUCGGCGCAUCGUCACGACAAUAUCUGUCGUCCUCCAACACGCCCAACACCACCCACGCACCCACACCCUUCACCCAGCCCUUUCCCGAAACGCUGCGCGUCCUCGACGAGAUCCUGACGGACUUCAUCAUCGAGACGUGCCACAAUGCCGUCGGCGUGUCCGUCUACUCUGGGCGCGCCAAACUAAAACUCUCCGACUUUGAAUUCGCGAUCCGCAAGGACAACAUCAAGCUGGGCAGAGUGCAGGAGAUGUUCAAGAAGAAGAGGGAGAUUGAUAACAAGAAGAAACUGUUCGAUACAACCGAGGGCAAGGAGGGCCAGAAGCUGGCGGUGGACGAUCUGGUGAAUUUGGGCGAGGUGGUGGGCGAGGAAGGCACGUCGAAGGGGAAAGGUAGGGGGAGAGGGAGGAAGAAGAAGAGGGAUAUAGACGAGGUGGAUAACAGUGAAACGGUCAAUGGAGGGGGAGUAAACUCAAAGGAGAGGACGCCCGGUGCGGACGAGAGUGGCGAGGAGAGGGCGAGUAAGAGGGCAAAAAGUGACCUUGGAUGA